UUACGUUACAUCUUCUUCCCACUAUCUUUAUGUAUGCCAAAAAAAAAAAAAACACUCCUUUCUCAAAUAUAUUCCAACAUUUAUUCCAACAUCUCUUAAGAACAUUGCUAUAACAUGUUCACAUUUCUUAUAUCUCAUUCUAGUUUGCCUCUUUUGCUCCUUUUACCCCUCUUAUUCAUUUCUUCCUUUUCUACCAUCAACUCCAUGAUUCAAUCACCUCAACAAGUCCACCACAAACACCCUCAUGCAUGGCAUAAAUUCAAAAAACUCACUAAUGCUAGGAAAGGAAGUCACAUUGAAGACAUUGGAGAGCUUAAGAGUUACUUUCAAAAAUUUGGUUACUACCAUCCUCUAAGUUCCAAAAAAGACGCGAAAAUGGAGUUCACCAACGAAUUUGACGAGCAAUUAGAGCACGUUAUAACUCGUUACCAACAACACUAUAGUCUACCAGUAACUGGUACACUUAAUCCUAAGACACUUUCCAUGAUUAUGGCUCCUAGGUGUGGCAUGCCGGACCACAACAGUAUGAAUAGUGUCAAGAUUUCGUCUUCAUUGCAUACUUCACAACACUUUUUAUAUUUUCCCGGAAGACCAAGGUGGAACCGCGAAAUACCUAUGCUUCUUACAUAUGCAUAUUCUCUAGAUGACUUGAUUACUUACUUAAGUUUGCAUGAAAUAAAAGGUGCAUUUGAACGUGCUUUCUCAAAAUGGGCAUCAGUGAUUCCAGUUAACUUUGUUGAGACUCAAGAUCUUGGCUUCGCGGACAUAAAAAUCGGGUUUUAUAAUGGUGAUCAUGGCGAUGGAGAGCCUUUUGAUGGGGUGUUAGGGGUGUUAGCCCAUGCAUUUUCACCAGAAAAUGGAAGAUUUCAUCUUGAUGCAGCUGAAAGAUGGACAAUUGAUUUCGAUUCGGAGGAUUCGAAUGUGGCUGUGGAUUUGGAGUCUGUGGCAUUGCAUGAAAUAGGGCAUUUGUUGGGGUUGGCUCAUAGUAAUGUCAAGGAAUCAGUCAUGUACCCAAGUUUAAAGCCAAGGGAGAAGAAAAUAAAAUUAAGGUUUGAUGAUAUAGAAGGAGUGCAAUAUCUAUAUGGUUCUAACCCUAAUUUUACUAUUGGAUCUUUGAUAGAAUCUGAAACUUCUUCAUCUCAAUCCAUUGAUUCAAGGAAAGUGUUCCAAGUGCUUGCCUCUUUGUUGGUGAUUUUAAUCAUACAUUUCUAUCUAUGACCCUCUUUUUGUUCAAUGAAAUCUAAUGAUAUAUCUUGGGCAAAUUGAUUAUGGUCAUAUGUAUAUAUAUAUAUAGCUCAUGUUAGUCAUGUAGGUUAAUUGGGAUAGUUUUAUUUUCAUUCCACUCUUGAUAUAUACUUGUAUAUAUUUCAUGGUUAGCUAGCAUAUGAUCUAAUAUUGAGUUUAGGAACAUUUUAAUUAUAUACUUCCAUAUUACACAGUUGAGCU